UUUGCCACAGAGACUUUUUUUAGUCAGGUAAUCAGGUAGAAUUUUUCAGUGUAUCUGUUUUUAACUUUUUGGAAGAUGUGAAGAUGUCAAAAGAUAAAAAGAAGCGUUGUAGCUUUUCAAUAUAUUCUAAUUACUAAUAAUGUCUUCAGAAACAAUAUCAAAAAUGUCCCAAGAAAAGCAGCAUCACAAGACCCAAACAGGACAGCAAGCUUCUCUUCCUAUCUCAAUCAAGGAUCUAAGACAAGCGAACUGUGAUAUAAGGCUUCAGGCAACUUAUCCACCCAUGAGCUCCAGCACAUUUGGAAAGACACUGUCAGGAACCACUUGUUUCAAGAACCCAUUCCAUCACAAUGGAAAUGGUUUUCAUACCAUCCAUGCAGAGAAUAGCCCAUUGAAGCCAAGGAUAGUGACUGUGGUGAGGCCAGGCAGCAAGAGAAACCUGAGGAAGAUAACUAUUCUUCUUAAUAGGCGCUCUGUGCAGACCUUUGAGCAACUGCUGGCUGACAUAUCAGAGGCCCUUGGUUUUCCCCGAUGGAAAAAUGACAGAGUAAAAAGACUGUUCAGCCUCAAAGGCAGGGAGAUCCGGAGUGUGUCUGACUUCUUCCGUGGGGAUGAUGUCUUCAUUGCUGCAGGAAGGGAGAAGUUGACAGCAAAGGAUUUUCAGGACGUUUUGGAGGAGCUCUAUCCAGAAUGUCCGUAUUCCCAGAGCAUCGUACAACAAAAUUGGGAAAAAUUUCAAACACCUCAAACAAAAACAUCAAAAGCAGACAGCGGUUUUCAUGAGGAGCCCAUAGUCACCAAACAGAAAGGUCCCAAGCUUCCAAAGCAGGCAGCUACCAACCUGCAGAGAGUCAGAGACAAAGCCCGUCAGGAGGAGAGGCUUAAGGCAAGAAGGUGGGAGAGGGAAAGGUGGGAGCGACAGCAGAAAGAGCUCUCAGAAAAGAACAGAUUUAAGGGCCGUCUCCCACACAGAGAUGAGGACAUUGAAAACUUUGCUCACAUUGACUUGGAAAACGCAAGCCUUUGUGAAAAGUGUAAAAGGAAUCGAGGACGAAGAGAGCAGUGUACUUUAAUCCAGAGAAAAAAUGUGUCUCCUGACAAAAAAGCACAGGGGAGGGAGGAAGACCAGCCUGAAAAAUUGCCACUAGAGAAAAGAAGGCAAAAGCCAAAAAGCUCCAAAAUGUCAGAGGAUAAUUUCCAGAAAGAAAAACAUGAGUGUGAAGAUACAAAGAAGUAUAGAAAAGAAAGCAGCUGGACUUGCAAAGAACAUGGGGACAUGUCUAUUUUCCAUGGUCAAAGCAAAUCAGAGAAAACAACGGAGCUGGAAGACAAGAAGUGUGCUGUGGAAAAGCAAUCUGCCAGGAAUCCAUGUGACUCUGAAGUGAGAAAUGAGAAUUCAGUAUCAGAGAGGUUUCUUAAUGGAAGGCCCAACUUCACUGAAAAUAAAAGCCCUGAUAAAGCUCAGACAGAAAAAGUUUCUGAAGACUUCCAACAGAAAAAUGUGCAUAAGGAAGGACAGCGAGAAGCAGAAACCAGAAAGUCACAAGAAGAAGUUCAAAGUUCUGAAAGAGAAUCUUCAAGAAACUGUAUUUUGAAGCCAAGACUUGUGAAAACCAAAAGUGACAUUGAAAGUUAUUAUGAGAUUGGCAGAGCCAUAGGGGAUGGGAACUUUGCUGUUGUAAAGGAGUGCAAACUUCGUAACACUGACUUUGCCUAUGCCAUGAAAAUCAUCAGUAAGGCCAAACUGAAGGGUAAAGAGCACAUGAUAGAAAAUGAGAUAUCCAUCAUUAAGAGCCUCUCCCACCCAAACGUGGUGCGGCUGCUGCAGGACUACGAGACAGAGAGUGACAUUUACCUCAUUAUGGAGAUUGUUCAGGGAGGAGACCUUUUCGAUUCCAUCACAGAAAGCGUCAAGUUUACUGAACACAAUGCGUCUCUCAUGGUUAAUGAUCUUUGUCAAGCACUUGCAUAUAUUCACAGCAAGAACAUUGUUCAUAGAGAUUUGAAACCAGAGAACCUUUUGGUUCAACACAACAAAGAUGGGAGCACCACACUGAAGCUGGCAGAUUUUGGACUUGCAGUGGUGGUAACUGAACCAAUCUUCACUGUCUGUGGAACACCCACAUAUGUGGCCCCAGAAAUACUCUCUGAAAAAGGUUAUGGGCUGCCAGUAGAUAUGUGGGCGACUGGAGUAAUUGUCUACAUACUGCUGUGUGGAUUCCCUCCAUUUCGUAGUUUGGAAAGAGAUCAGGAAGAGCUGUUUGAAAUUAUUCAGCUGGGGGAGUAUGAGUUCCUGUCCCCCUACUGGGACAACAUCUCAGAUGGUGCCAAGGACCUGAUCAGCAAGCUUUUGCUAGUGGAUCCUGAGAAGAGGUAUGCAGCCCAGCAGGCACUGCAGCAUCCAUGGGUGCAAUCAGGGAGCAAGAACAGCUUCAACCUGCAGCGAGAAGUCACCACUAACAUUGAACGUCACUUCAAGAACCGUCGCAAGCGGGAGCAUGCCAGUGCUGCAGAUCAUUAGUAUCUGAUACUUAUUUAUUGUCAUGCCUUUGUUCCCUAUUAUUUCUCUGUCCCAGAAAUGGUGUAUAUAACAAUGGGCGUUAUUUCCUUAAGGAGGAGGGGCAGUAUGGUGGAGCAGUGUUUAGCAUUGUCCCUGGGUUAAAUUCUGAACCUGGGGUACUAACAGUGUGGAAUUUCUAUGUUCUCCCCUUCACUUGGGUUUCCUCCAGGUGCUUUGGCCUCCUCACACAAUCAAAAAGUAGGUGGUAGGUUAAUUGAUUUCUGUGUGUCUGUGUGUUCCCUACGGAACUGAGGACUGGGAUUGUGUUCCAUCCUGGGUGUAUCCCACCUUGAGCCCGUUUCUUGUCAGGAUAGGAUGGGGAUAGGACCACCCAUGAAUCUCUACUAGAUAAAGUGGGAAAAUGUAUUGCUAGAGUUCCUAAAGUGUGGCACACUUUUGAAUGCAGUAAGGACAAAUGAACACUCAUAGUUACUUGUGAAUUGCCCUGAAAAUAGUGAGCAGAAAAUUACAGAAAUAAAAAAGAUUAAUCUCCAGGUCAUCUUCUAAUUAAAAUGUAAAAUAUAAUUA